AUGCUAGAACGAGACUUCCUCAAACGAGUCCUUUGUGGCUCUGAUAACUUGGUCUCGACCACCAAAGCUGAGACUAACAUUCUUGACCGAAUGCACCGGUUGACUGGAAGUAGCUCGCGCAAACAUCUUUCAGUUGACGAGCAAUCUCGCAACGAUGCAUCACUAAAGAGUAGCGUUAAGUGA